AUGGCGAGCAACGGUAACUUUGAGGACGUGGAGGAUCGGGAUGGUGUACGGUUCUCGUGGAACGCGUGGCCGUCCAGCCGGAUCGAGGCAACUCGGACCGUCGUGCCCAUCUCGGCUCUCUAUACGCCGCUGAAGGAACGCGAAGAUCUUCCGCCGGUCCUGUAUGAGCCUGUUACGUGUAAAGGGACGUGUAAGGCGAUUCUCAACCCGUACUGCCAAAUCGAUGUCCGAGGCAAAAUGUGGAUCUGCCCCUUCUGUCUCCAGCGCAACCCCUUCCCCCCGCACUACAAGGACAUCUCAGCCAACAACCUGCCCCCAGAGCUUCUCCCCAAAUAUACCACUAUCGAAUAUACGCUGUCGCGUCCUGCGCAGAUCCCGCCCAUCUUCCUCUUUGUCGUCGAUACCUGCGUGGACGAGGAUGAACUCAAGGCUCUCCGUGAGACCUUGGUCGUCAGCUUGAGCCACUUGCCGCCUAAUGCUCUCGUCGGGUUGAUCACUUUCGGCACUAUGGCAAUGGUCCACGACCUCUCCUCUGCGGACUUCCCCAAAUCCUACGUCUUCCGCGGAUCGAAGGACUACCAAUCUAAGCAAAUCGCCGACAUGCUCGGUCUCAACCCCGCCAGCUCUUCGCGACCCAUGCAGCCGAUGCGUCCGGGCCAGCCUAUGCCUGCACCGGCAGCGAGCCGGUUCUUGCUGCCCGUCCAGGCGUGCGAGUUCCAGCUCACCAACAUCCUCGAGGGGCUGCAGAGGGACCCAUGGCCCGUCGAGCAGGAUAAGCGGCCGUUGCGGUGUACCGGUGUAGCCCUGGGAGUGGCGACUGCUAUUCUCGAGUCGGCGUUCCCGAACACCGGAGCGAGGAUCAUGCUCUUUGCGGGCGGUCCGGCGACAGAGGGACCGGGUAUGGUUGUCAGCCCAGAGCUGCGCGAGCCGAUUCGGUCCCACCACGAUAUCGACCGAGACAGCGUCAAGCACUUCAAGAAGGCCACAAGACAUUACGAAGCCCUAUCGAAGCGUGCUUCAGCCAACGGCCACGCGAUCGACAUCUACGCUGGUUGUUUGGACCAAGUCGGUCUGCUCGAGAUGAAAUCUCUCACGAACGCUACCAACGGCUUCAUGAUCAUUUCCGACUCGUUCAUUACUGCCAUCUUCAAGCAGAGUUUCCUGCGGACACUGGUCAAGGACGAUCAAGGGUAUCUGAAGAUGGGCUUCAACGGUACUUUCGAAGUCUUGACCACCAAAGAACUCAAAAUCUCCGGUGUCAUCGGCCACGUCAUCUCCGCCAACAAGAAAUCCCCCUCUGUCGGCGAGACCGAGAUCGGGAUCGGCCAAACGUCCGCCUGGAAGAUCUGCUCCCUCACCCCCAAAACCUCCCUCGCCGUCUACUUUGAAGUUGUCACGCCCGCCGGCCAGCCGAUGGGUCAGAACCAAUCCGGCCUCAUCCAAUUCGUCACCCACUACCAGCACUCGUCUGGUCAAUACCGGCUUCGGGUGACCACCAUCGCCCGCACGUUCCAGGAGGGCGGACAUCCCUCGAUCGCUCAGUCUUUCGACCAGGAAGCGGCGGCGGUCCUGAUGGCGCGUAUCGCGGUUUUCAAGGCGGAGAUUGAUGAUUCACCCGAUGUGCUGCGGUGGUUGGACAGGAUGUUGAUUCGGCUGUGUCAGAAGUUCGCCGAAUAUAGGAAGGAGGAUCCGACGAGUUUCCAACUGGGUCCCAACUUUUCGAUUUAUCCUCAGUUCAUGUUCCAUCUGAGGAGGAGUCAGUUCCUGCAGGUGUUCAACAACUCGCCAGAUGAGACUGCAUUCUACCGCCACAUUCUGAACGACGCCGACGUCAACAACUCCCUCAUCAUGAUUCAACCCACUCUUGAAUCGUACGGAUUCGACUCGGACCCCCACCCCGUCCUCCUCGACUCAGUCUCUAUCCGGCCCGACGUCAUCCUCCUCCUCGACACCUUCUUCCACAUCCUCAUCUUCCACGGCGAAACCAUCGCCCAGUGGCGCAAAGCCAACUACCAAGAGCAGGAGGGGUACGAAAACUUCAAGGAGCUCCUCGAGCGCCCGAUCGAGGCUGCACAGGAACUCCUCGAAGACCGUAACCCGAUCCCGCGGUAUGUCGUUACGGACCAAGGAGGGAGUCAGGCGCGGUUCCUCUUGAGCAAGUUGAACCCGAGUACGACGCAUAUGAGCGGAAGCAACUAUGGGGGCGGAGGACAGCAGGGGCAGGCGAUCUUUACGGAUGAUGUCAGUCUGCAGGUGUUUAUGGAGCAUUUGAAGCGAUUGGCGGUGGGAGCUUCCACGAGCUAG